AUGGCAAACUGGCAGGUACAAUUGGAUGCUGUCAGUGCAGCCAAAGAGGACGUCAGUGUUGCAAGUACACAGAGCUCCAACGUACAGGUUGGCAGGGAAGUAGCUGUGAUGCAUUCCCAAGCUCAUCGGGGACUUAGGUACAAGGAUAGCGGCAAUCUGGUAUAUCUUGAUUCAAAUGAUUACAAGGAUGGUAAGAUUCCGGAGCAUUUUGAUACGCAUGAUCCAAAGUGGUUUUGUUUGGGCGAAACAGGUCCGUCCCUUGACACUGGUUUGACAUUUCAUCUUCGCAAAGAUUCGAUGAAUGCAAAUAUGGGAACAUUAAAAGAGCUUCCGUAUAUGUUCAAUUAUGGAACAAAUGUCGGCGGAGGAAGGAAUCUCACACAUGAAGUUGAGAGUAAACACAUGGAUAAUAUGUGUAAGUAUGACGCUGAUGUCAUCUGUGAUGUGGACAGUGCGUCUUUAUUGGUAAAAGAAGGGUAUCGUAUUGUGAUGGAUACCGACGUAGAAAAUGCAUUUUUUGUUUCCAAAGAUGGGAAUCAAUGGAUUUACAGAGAGAAGGAUGGGUUGUAUACUUAUGAACCCCACGAGGGGGAGAGUCAUUGCAAUGUGUGCAUGGAAAUUGGACCGACUGGUGAAGCCUGCAGAUCGUGCAGAGCCCACGGUGGUUUUGUGCCGGGUGAAUCAUAUCAUGGCUGCAUCGAUAAUACAACUAGUCAACAUACUUCCCGUUCACAAACACAAACAAGUCGACAAAUUCUCCAAAUUUAUACCAGUACGAUGUCAAUACGGUCUGUUGCAAGAGUAACAGCUCUAUCGCUGUUGUGGAAAUUCACAUCAGCCCAAUUCUGCACGAGUCUGAAGACUGAUACAUGGGCUGGAUAUGUAGAUGCAGUUUCAGAGGCGCUUGAUCAGACUGGUUUUGCAGUCCUGUGUCCUUUUGAGAUCAGCGGUGAUGGGUGUCAAGGAAUGGAAGAGUAUCCCGAAGGCCUAAGAAUAAAGGAAGGACAGUCUCAAGUCUUGAUAAGCUGUGACUCUCUUCUUUUUGGCUACCAUGAAGAGAGUACAGAAUGCGUUGUUGACUGUCCUGGUCGGCACAUCACCGUUCCUGAAUCUUCUUCCCUGACACUGGAGCGUUACUCUGGUCUCCAAACUGUAAAAAAGAACAUAGAGGGUUACACCCCACAACAAGUUGACCGAGCAAACGCUGCAAGAUCCGGGUAUCACAUGGGUGGUGCACCAGGGAUCGAAGCAUUCAAAGUUGCUGUACGCUCAGGUUUAUUCAAGAACUGUCCCAUCAGAGAAGAGGACAUUGUUAUUGCUGACAAGAUUUAUGGACCAAGCGCUUCAGUUCUUAAAGGAAAGACUAAGCAUCCUACCCCGGAAGCAGUCCGGGAUGUUUGGGUUGAGAUCCCAUGUGAAUUGUUGGUCCACAACAUUGAUUUGAAAUUGCAUCUGGAUAUUGCAUUCAUCAAUAACACAUUCGGAUUGACCACAAUUUAUGGUAGUAUCCGAUACCGAACUUUUGUACCACUAUGA